AUGCCUUUCCACAAGUUGGUCAAAAACAGCGCGUACCACAGCCGGUACCAGACCAAGUACAAGCGCAGACGCCAAGGCAAGACCGACUACUAUGCCCGCAAGCGCCUCAUCACCCAGGCCAAGAACAAGUACAAUGCGCCCAAGUACCGCCUCGUCGUCCGCUUCACCAACAAGGACAUCAUCAUGCAAAUUGUCACGUCGGAGAUCACCGGCGACAAGGUCUUGGUGGCUGCCUACGCCCACGAGCUGAGAGCCUACGGCAUCAACCACGGACUGUCCAACUGGGCUGCCGCCUACGCCACCGGCCUGCUCAUUGCCCGCCGCGUCCUUAGCAAGCUUGGCCUUGACAAGGACUUUGUCGGCGUCGAGGAGGCGGAUGGUGAAUUCACCCUGACCGAGGCCGCCGAGACGGACGACGGCGAGCGCCGCCCCUUCAAGGCCUUCCUUGACGUCGGCCUGGCCCGCACCUCGACGGGUGCCCGCGUCUUUGGCGCCAUGAAGGGCGCCUCGGACGGCGGCAUCCUGGUCCCCCACUCGGAGAAGCGAUUCCCCGGCUACGACAUGGAGUCCAAGGAGCUCGACGCCGAGGUUCUCCGCAAGUACAUCUACGGCGGUCAUGUCGCCGAGUACAUGGAGACGCUCGCCGACGACGACGAGGAACGGUACCAGAGCCAGUUCCAGAAGUACAUUGAGGAUGACCUCGAGGCCGACAGCCUCGAGGACCUCUAUACCGAGGCUCACAAGGCGAUCCGCGAGGAUCCCUGGAAGAAGGCCGAGAGCGACGCCCCCAAGAAGAGCAAGGACGAGUGGAAGGCCAUUUCCAAGAAAUACCGGACCUCCAAGACCAGCAAGGCCGAGAAGCAGAAGAAGAUCCAGGAGAGGAUCCAGGCUAUCUUGCAGAAGGAGUAG